AGGAUUUUCCCACUCCACAAAAUUCUGAACCAGAAUUAUUAAAAAAAAAAAAAAAAACACAUUGUCAUAUCUCUGGUCCCAUAUGUGAUAUGUCACCGUCCUUCUCCAUCGCCACCACCGUCUCACCGGCUUCUCUAGCCGGGACUCUGGCCUCGAACUCAAAGAAUGUUUUGUGUAGUUUACAUUCAAAGAACAAUGAUAUUACCAAGACAAAUAGGAAUCUGAAGUUUAGAGCUUGUUCUGUUUCUGGAGGGUAUAACAACAAUACAUCUGUGGACAAUGUACCUUUUCCUCGUGAUUACGUCGAGCUCAUUAAUCAGGCCAAAGAAGCAGUGGAAAUGGCUUUGAAGGAUGAGAAACAGUUAAUGGAAAUUGAGUUCCCAACAUCUGGUCUAGCAUCUGUGCCAGGUGAUGGUGAAGGAGCUACAGAAAUGACAGAAAGUAUAAAUAUGAUACGCGAGUUUUGUGACCGACUAUUAGCUCCUGAAAAGGCUCGAAGUACAAGAAUUUUCUUCCCGGAAGCAAAUGAAGUCAAAUUUGCUCAAAAGACAGUCUUUGGAGGAACUUACUUCAAGUUGGACUAUCUAACAAAACCAUCUCUUUUUGAGGAUUUUGGUUUCUUUGAGAGAGUAAAAAUGGCAGAUCGAGUGAAGCCAGAAGACGAACUGUUUCUUGUCGCAUACCCGUAUUUUAAUGUCAACGAGAUGCUUGUAGUGGAAGAGCUCUACAAGGAAGCUGUUGUGAACACUGACCGAAAACUAAUCAUCUUCAAUGGAGAACUUGACCGCAUACGAUCGGGUUGUAUCCUUUUUCUUCUCAUAAAUGAAACAAAGUAGAUUCUUUUUUCCAUUUGCAUCACAACUUGAGAGCCAAAUGAGAAAGCUGAAUCAAGAGAGAGAGACUCUUGUUUUCCUUAAAAGAAGACAAAACAAUAGACUAUCCAAAGUUCUUUUAUCCGAAACUGGCUGCACUUACCAAGACACUUCUUCCAAAGAUGGAGACAGUGUACUACAUCCACAAUUUCAAAGGACAGAAAGGAGGUGUACUUUUCAGAUGUUAUCCAGGUCCAUGGCAAGUACUGAGGAGAACAAGGAACAAAUACAUUUGUGUUCAUCAGCAAGAAUCCAUGCCUUCUCUUAAGGAAGUUGCCCUCGACAUUCUUGCGUCCGCUUGAGAUUUUUGUAUUGAAACUUUUUCAUGCAUCCACUUGUAAGUACAUGUCAAAAUUAAUUGUUUUGUGCUGAUAUGAGUUAUAGUGAUCCAUACUUUAUAUACAAUUCAUGCUUGUCAAGCUAAAAUUUGAGCAACUUCUUAAAAACUUUAA